CCCCCUUCUCAAUCAUACAAUUGUCUUCUUCAUCUUUCUUUCUUCCUCAGAAAACUAAAAACAUGGGAUCCGUUAAUGUAACCAUCCUCCUCUUCGCAAUGAUGAUCGGCGUUUCGUAUGCCGUCGACAUGUCGAUCAUCUCAUACGACGAGAAACACCACAUCACCGCCGCCGCCGACAACGAGCGGAGCGACGCCGAGGUUGCGAAAAUCUACGAGGCCUGGAUGGAGAAACACGGCAAGAAGGCGCAGAGCAACGGUCUUGUCGUCGGUGAGGAGAAGGACCAGAGGUUUGAGAUCUUCAAAGACAAUCUCAGAUUCAUCGACCAACACAACAACAAAAACCUCAGUUACAAACUCGGUCUAACCCGGUUCGCUGAUCUAACCAACGAAGAGUACCGAUCCAUCUACCUCGGCGCCAAAUCGAGGAAGAGAGUCCUCAAAACCAGCGAUCGUUAUCAGCCGCGUGUUGGUGACGCGCUUCCUGAUUCUGUUGACUGGAGAAAAGAAGGUGCCGUCGCCGCCGUUAAAGAUCAGGGAAGCUGCGGGAGUUGUUGGGCAUUUUCAACCAUUGGAGCGGUGGAAGGAAUAAACAAGAUCGUGACAGGAGACUUGAUCUCUUUGUCUGAACAAGAACUUGUUGAUUGUGACACAUCUUACAACCAAGGUUGUAAUGGAGGUUUGAUGGAUUAUGCGUUUGAGUUCAUCAUUAAAAACGGUGGCAUUGACACCGAGGAGGAUUAUCCAUACAAAGCUGCUGAUAAUCAUUGUGAUCAGAGCAGGAAAAACGCAAAGGUUGUCACGAUUGAUGCCUACGAGGAUGUGCCUGAGAACAACGAGGCUGCGCUUAAGAAAGCUUUGGCUAAUCAGCCUAUUAGUGUCGCCAUUGAAGCUGGGGGUCGCGCUUUCCAGCUCUAUUCUUCGGGUGUAUUUGAUGGAAUAUGUGGAACAGAGCUAGACCAUGGAGUUGUAGCUGUGGGUUACGGAACUGAGAACGGAAAGGACUACUGGAUUGUGAGAAAUUCAUGGGGAGGAAGCUGGGGUGAGAGCGGAUACAUAAAGAUGGCACGUAACAUUGCGGAGGCAACAGGAAAGUGUGGAAUCGCUAUGGAGGCUUCAUACCCUAUCAAGAAAAGUCAGAACCCACCAAACCCUGGACCGUCACCACCAUCUCCCAUUAAGCCACCGACCCAGUGUGACAAGUACUACUCUUGCCCCGAGAGCAACACUUGUUGUUGUCUCUUCCAGUACGGCAAGUACUGCUUUGGUUGGGGAUGUUGCCCUCUCGAAGCUGCUACUUGCUGCGAUGACAACACUAGCUGCUGUCCUCAUGAGUACCCGGUUUGCAAUGGCGAUACCUGUUUGAUGAGUAAGAACAGUCCAUUCAGUGUUAAGGCUUUGAAGCGUACACCCGCCAAACCUUUCUGGGCACAUAGCAGGAAGAACAUGGCUUAAGAGAAAUGCAAGGAAACAUCGCUGAUGAAUUUAAUUCCUUUUUAAGAGAGGAGAGACAUGAGUCAAGAGAAUUCAUCAAAAAGCUUUCUUAUUGUUGUUGUUCUGAUUAUCUUAAAAUUGCUGAUUCUGCUGCUUGGGGUUUUCUGUACAUAUAAAACCUCUUCCUAAGUUUCAUUCAGUUUCAUCAUUGAUCCUAAACAUUGGUAUUUUACCGGUUAUUUAUGGAUAAAUUUAUCUUUUCCCA